AUGAAGGUCUUGGUCAUCUGUGGAUUGAUUUUUGCUGUUUUGGUCAACGAAAGUUACGGUAAACCAAUUGGAGAGGAUGCCAUCAUUGUGGGUUAUACAAACGAAGCCAACGAAAACGGAUAUAGUUACAGUUACGAAACCUCGGAUGGAUCGCAACAAAAGCAAUCCGGAACUAUUAACGCCAAUGGAGUCCUUGAAGUUCGUGGCUCUUACAAUUACAUAGGAGAUGAUGGAGUCACUUAUACCGUAAAUUACAUCGCCGACGACAAAGGAUAUCGAGUUAUUGGCGAUCAUAUUCCGAAAGGAGCUGAUGGAUAUUUAGAAUUAACUGACAAUCCCGGACCAAUUCCACCCCCACUUGGAAUCCCCCCAUCUGCUGUUUUAUCACUUGUGGGAUAA